UUCUUGUUCGAUCUCAGGACGAUAAUGAAGAUUUUGCGCAAGAAUUGAAAAAAUUAACUGUAAGCGAUAGCGAAAUCUGUUUACCAACUACUAAUAAUCUGCCAAAAGACAUAGUCGAUAAGGCUGAAACUUCUGAUGAAAAAGAAAAUUGGUUAAAUGUAAUUAAGAACUGGGUUGGAAUAUUAGACAGUGAAAAUCGGUUAGAGAAUGGUGAAAUUGUAAAUGAUAAACUACCUGAAUUUGAAUUUGGUGAGCACACUACUUACCUAGCAGAUGAUUCAUUAGCAAAAUGGAAUUUGCUAGAAUUAUUCAAUAAUUCAUUAGAUUUGUCUAUUUCUUUUGUCCUUCAAUAA